AUGAGAGUUGUCAGCGAAACUAAAUAUUAUAAAGUAUUAGCUAAACUCUAUGAAAAAUGUGCAUCCUUAUCUGCUCAAUUAGACAUUUAUGAAUUUGAUUCACCUAAAGAUGAAUAAUUUGAAUAAUCAGAAAAUAGCGAUGAUAACAUAAUAAAAAGAACAUAAAAUAAAAGAAAAUAGAAAUAUAUCCCUAAUACAAUCAUCAAAUUAGAAGAAGAAUAACAAAAAUAAUAGUACCAAUAUUUGUCAAAAAAUAAAAAGACAAUUUCAUAAAAUAAUAAUGGAAAAUCAACUAAAAUUAAAAAGAAAAUUAAGAAACCUAAGAAUUAUGAAUUUAGUUCCUCAUCUUCUUAAACAUCAUCCUCAUAUAAUUGA